GCCACUUGUUUUAUUUCUUUAUAUAUUGCUGUCUGCCUAAAGCAUCUUUAUUUCAGGCACUGAUCCUGAAAUUCAGGCCACCCCAAGACAAGCUGGACAGCUGCUAAGUGGCUCUUGGUUGCCUCUAUCUCAUGAUGUCAGCGUGUCUGCUGCAUGCUGUCAUGUUCUGGUCGUGUCUUUUCAUGCCACAAAGCAGCAGCGCUGCCUGCUGUAAAUAACUUCUCUCUAAGCCAGCCCAGGUGCAGUCAGCUGUGACUACCGGGGGAAAGCAGUGUGCACGUGUGAGAUUACAUCGCAGCUGUUGUCGCUUUUAUUUGGCUAAAAAUUUACACCAGUACCUAAAAAUGUCAGUGACUAGGUGUGUUUUCUGAAGGCUGCUUUACUGUUUGCAGCUCUCUAGCUUGAUUCCUCCUGCGACCUUGCCUUUAAAGAGCUGGAAAAAGCUAAUCGGCUACUUGCUGGAUAACAACAUUACAGGGUAAAGGACGGGGCAGCCUGCUCACGAGGAGACAGUUGUACCCCCGAGAGCCCGCAGCCUGGCCUGAGCUUAAUGAAACAGCUUUAGUGCAGCAGACAGCUUUUAGUCUCUUAAAUCCCCUCCAAUCCACUUUUGAACAGCUCCUCAAAGCAAUAUGAAUUCUGAUCUCUGCUGGCAAAGAUUUACCAAUUAAUUUGAUUCAACUGUUAGUUCGUUUAAGAAAUUGAAUCUAUUUUUUCUUUUUUCUCUCUCUUUCUCUCACAGGAGCAACAAUGGAUUGGCCCCAGCAAAUAUGUAGCAGGUGUUGGGAGAAGACAUCCCAUCUGAAAUGGAGGUGAUCGAGGGAGCUGAAGGCUGACUACACCAACAUGGGGUUGCGACUGUUGGCUUGUCUCUUUCAGUUGCCCACUGCAGUGAUCUACGGGUCCCUGUCGCUGUUUGUUUCCAUUUUGCACAACGUAUUCCUCCUGUACUACGUGGACACCUUUGUCUCUGUUUACAAGAUUGAUAAACUGUCCUUUUGGAUAGGAGAGACAGUGUUUCUGAUCUGGAACAGCCUCAAUGACCCUCUGUUUGGCUGGCUGAGCGACCGGGUGUUCCUUAGCACACAGCAGCCAGGAGCAGAGAUUUCCUCCCCAGAAGUAGUUCUGAAGAGACUCAGAGCACUAAGCCACAAUGGCCCCCUCUUUGCCAUCUCUUUCCUGGCGUUCUGGGUUGCCUGGGCUCAUCCUGGUUUGCAGUUCCUUCUUUGCCUUUGCAUGUAUGACAGCUUUCUCACGAUGGUCGACCUCCAUCACAACGCCUUGCUUGCAGACCUGGCUGUUUCAGCAAAAGACAGGACUAGCCUCAACUUCUACUGCUCCCUCUUCAGUGCCAUAGGCUCCCUCUCCGUCUUCAUGUCCUACGCAGUGUGGAACAAAGAGAACUUCUUUUACUUUCGCAUAUUUUGCGUCGUGCUGGCCCUCUGCUCCAUUGUUGGUUUUACCCUGUCCACACAGCUGCUCCGCCAGCGUUUUGAGGCUGAUGGGAAAGCAAAAUGGGACCAAGAAUCCACCCUAAAAGAGCUGUACAUUGAGAAACUGUCCGUCCCCCAGGAGAAGAGGAUCACCCUGGCAGAGUAUCUCCAGCAGCUCUCCCAGCAUCGCAACUUCCUCUGGUUUGUCUGCAUGAACCUCGUCCAGGUUUUUCACUGCCACUUUAACAGCAACUUCUUCCCUCUGUUCCUGGAGCACCUGCUGUCAGACCAGAUCUCUGUCUCUACUGGAUCCUUCCUGCUCGGUGUUUCCUACAUUGCCCCCCAUCUCAACAACCUCUACUUCCUGUCCCUCUGCCGCCGCUGUGGGGUUUAUGCUGUGGUGCGAGGACUCUUCUUCCUGAAGCUGGCUCUCAGCGUUGUCAUGCUCCUGGCAGGACCGGAUCAGGUGUACUUGCUCUGCAUCUUCAUUGCCAGCAACCGGGUGUUCACAGAAGGGACCUGUAAGUUGCUCAACCUGGUGGUCACUGACUUGGUGGAUGAGGAUCUAGUCCUGAACCGUAGGAAGCAGGCGGCCUCAGCGCUGCUCUUUGGGAUGGUGGCUCUGGUCACCAAGCCGGGCCAGACCUUCGCCCCUCUGAUCGGCACCUGGCUGCUCUGCGCAUACACAGGCUACGACAUCUUCCAGCGCAACCCCUUGGGCAAUGUGGUGAGUGCCCAGCCGAAGCUGGAGUCUGACGCAGCCUUGGAGCCAACCCUUCGCCAGGGCUGCUUUUACCUCCUCGUCUUCGUACCCAUCACGUGCGCGCUGCUGCAGCUCCUCAGCUGGUCUCAGUUCAGCUUGCAUGGGAAGCGACUGCAGAUGGUGAAGGCUCAGCGCCAAAGCCUGACGCAAGGCCGAGCACCGGAGGUCAAAACCAUCUAGGGGUGCCUGAGCCCCUGGGGGUUGCUGGUUUCCGGCUGGUGCAGGACGGCAGGCUAAGCGCAGGGAUUGCGGGCUGAGAAACCCCCGUGUUUACGGUUCAACUGUGAAAUGCUGUAAUGCCAAUGUUUACUCUUUCCAGGAGGUGGUCGCUGGGGAAGGCAGAGAAGCUCAACGUGUGAGGGGCCUGGGAUAGAUGGCUUGGCCACAGGAGCAAGGAUAUUUUGUCCUAGCCUGUCCCAGGGAGCAGAGGGCUGCUCAUCCCAGCAGGGAGGGGCUGGGUUGCAGUGUGUGCUGGAGACAGACAUGUCCCUGGGUGCAGUCCCCUGCCCUGGGCAUGGCCUGGGGGAACUGCAGCCUUCCUGGCUCAGCAGGAGGAGAGGGCACAGGGAGUCCUUCCUUGCUCGAGCCCUGCAGCUUUGGGGAGUGGAGUGGGAGGCUCCCUAGGGACCGUGGGGGUGAUUGCAGGAAAGCAGGAGCAGGGAUGGGAGGACCCUGAAGGCCUUUCCCGGUAGCUGGUACAACCCCUCCCACAUACAGUGCUGUGGUUCUGGGACCAAAUCCACUCUUAGGCAUUUCUUGUUCCCAGGAUAAUAUCCUGCACAGCCAGGGACAGCUGGCUGUGCUUGGUUUAUGCUGAGGCUCCCUCCUUCGUGGCCUUGCAGAGGGAGUUGUUGCUGGGCUGGGAAAGGCACUGGGUUUGAACUGGGCUCAAGCCUUGAGCUGGAACAUCUGAUCUGGCAUCCCCGUGCCUGUGUUUAUCCCUCCUCUCCCCUCCACAGCCCCGUGGGAGCAGAUGAAAGCGCCUCCCUGCCUAGGGCCAUUCCCAGUGAGGCAGCCUGGCGCCUUCCCCUCUUACAGGAGGAGAGCACAGCCUGGAGGAGACACCAGGUCUUGCUUUUGUGCCUUCAAUUCCUCUUGGGAGUCUGUCCGACACAAUGCUGGGCAGUCACAGGGUUGAGAUUUUACCUCUUGUGGGGAGAGACAGACACCUCAGCUCCCCUCCGCUUGAAACGGUGCCCCAGAGUGUGAUCAUCUCACCUGGCUGCCGAGGCAGGGGCCCAAGGAGGAGAGCAGGUGCUUUGGUGUCCCUGGUUCUGGGCUGGUAGCCACCAACAGGAUCCCUUGAGGUGGGGGAGUGUCUCCUUGGGCCCUGCACCCUGUCUGGGGGCAGGCAGAAGAGAUGUGCCAAAGCAGAGCUUGGCACGCAGGCAGCGUUUGAAAGCCCUUGCGUGCUUAGGGAGGUGCUGUUCUUUGUUUAGUGCCAGGUUCCCUCGGGGUCUCAGCCCCCAAACCUGCCAUCUUGCCUCAGGACACGGCUGCCUUCUGUCUUGGACCAAGCCCUCCCUGCCACAAGGCUUCUGUAGCUGGCUGAAUCAUAAGUUAUUUGUGCGACUUCUAACAAAGUUUGAGAAUGAUUCAUUUCAUAAAUUAAAGAUGACCUUUUCUGUA